AAAGGAAAACGGACACCGCGAGGAAUGAGCAAGCGAAACCCGGGACCAGCUCUUGGUUCCUCCUCCCUUCUUCUUCCCCUCCCCUUCCCCCCUUCUCUCUCCCAACCGUAACCCUAACCCCUAAUUGCCCGCCGAUCCCCCGCCGAGAUGUUUCGAUCCGAGUAGGCGCGCUACUCCGACCCAUCUCCGGCCGAUUCCGUCCUAGCGAUCGGCCUCCGCCGUGGAUCUUGCGUGCGUGAAUAAAGGAAGGUGGGGUGGGCAAGAUGCCGUCGCACGCGGAUCUGGACCGCCAGAUCGAGCAGCUGAGGGAAUGCAAAUUCUUGCCGGAGGCGGAGGUGAAGGUCCUCUGUGAACAGGCGAGAGCGAUCCUCAUGGAGGAAUGGAACGUCCAGCCGGUGAAGUGCCCCGUCACAGUAUGCGGUGAUAUCCACGGCCAGUUCUACGAUCUCAUCGAGCUGUUCCGGAUCGGAGGGGACGCGCCCGACACCAAUUACCUCUUCAUGGGGGACUACGUAGAUCGUGGUUAUUAUUCUGUUGAGACAGUCACACUGUUGGUGGCCCUGAAAGUUCGUUAUAGAGACAGAAUUACAAUACUUAGAGGAAACCAUGAGAGCAGACAAAUAACUCAAGUGUAUGGCUUUUAUGAUGAAUGCUUGAGAAAAUAUGGGAAUGCAAAUGUCUGGAAGUAUUUUACCGAUCUAUUUGAUUAUCUACCUCUUACAGCUCUUAUUGAAAAUCAGAUUUUUUGUUUGCAUGGUGGUCUCUCCCCAUCCUUGGAUACAUUAGAUAAUAUUCGUGCUCUUGACCGUAUACAGGAGGUCCCACACGAGGGUCCCAUGUGUGAUCUUCUGUGGUCUGAUCCGGAUGAUCGGUGUGGGUGGGGAAUAUCACCAAGGGGAGCAGGGUACACAUUUGGACAGGACAUUGCUCAACAAUUUAAUCGCACAAAUGGUCUUAGCCUUGUUGCCAGAGCCCAUCAACUUGUCAUGGAAGGUUACAAUUGGUGUCAGGAUAGAAAUGUUGUUACAGUAUUUAGUGCACCAAACUACUGUUACCGAUGUGGUAAUAUGGCAGCAAUAUUGGAGAUCGGAGAGAACAUGGAUCAGAAUUUCCUUCAGUUUGAUCCUGCACCCAGGCAGAUUGAGCCAGAUACUACUCGCAGGACUCCUGACUAUUUUUUGUGAUCUUAAUAACCAUUACAUCAGCUGGGAGCGAUGCUUGUCUGCUGCAGUUUUUGUCUGUAGAAGUGUCCUGUAAAAGAGUUUUGGUAGAUGGAGGGAUAUCAUAUGAUUCUUUCUCGUGGAGUUUUUGCUGCUGCUGCUAGUUUAAAGAGACCUCACAGAGGCUUUUAUCAUGCAUUAUUGUUGUAUACCAAGAAUGAGGAAGAAGCGAUAUCUCGUUUUAUACGCACAUGGUCCAUUCAAAGGAGAAAGCACAAGCGUUAUGGCUGCCCUCACCUCUUGCAACUGUAUGCCCAAGAUUUUUAGUAGACACUGUGUUUAUUGUAUCUUUAUUAUAUUUUAUUGCAGCGAAAGCUAAUCUGGAAGGUUGAAACCAGUAGCAGGUCUAUCAAUUUUCCUUAUGCUUACCGGGGCUUUCUGAGUUGGUCCUUGAAAUUAAUUUUCAAUUCACAUAGCUCAGGUGUGGAUGUUAAGUUAUACAUCUGUUGGAAGUAUUUUUUUUCAUUCUCUGAAAUAUUACUGUAAGUAGCUUGACGACUUGAUCGUCCCAAGGAUGUUCCAUGUGUCUGACUUGAAGGACUUUUUAUUUACCAGGCUUAUUCUUUACUAUUUUCAGCUGAGCGGGUUCUCAGCACUUAGUUUAUAUGCCAGGUGAGAACCGGAUGUAGCUUGCUUUCAUCCAUUUGAAUAAGCCAACCUUUGCUUGUGUUU